AUGCCGAAGGAUAUUGAAGCUGGAGCGCAUGGUGGGUUCAGUGGAAAGGAUUAUGAAGAUCCACCGCCUGCUCCAUUGAUCGACCCACAUGAGUUUGCUCAGUGGUCAUUUUACAGAGCUAUUAUAGCCGAGUUUGUUGCUACUCUUUUGUUCUUGUAUGUUACUGUUCUUACUGUUAUUGGGUAUAAAGUUCAGAGUGAUGUUAAGAAUGGAGGGGAGACUUGUGGCGGCGUUGGAAUUUUGGGUAUUGCUUGGGCUUUUGGUGGCAUGAUUUUUGUCCUUGUUUACUGCACCGCUGGGAUUUCUGGGGGACAUAUAAAUCCGGCAGUGACUUUUGGGCUAUUUUUGGCUCGUAAGGUGUCUUUGGUGAGAGCCAUAUUGUACAUGGCGGCUCAGAGUUUAGGGGCCAUUUGUGGCUGUGCAUUGGUGAAGGCAUUCCAAAACGCUCACUAUACUGAGUACGGUGGUGGAGCCAAUUCCCUCGCCGACGGCUACAGCACGGGCACUGGAUUAGCCGCUGAGAUCAUCGGAACCUUCGUUCUCGUUUACACUGUCUUUUCCGCUACCGAUCCCAAGAGAAAUGCCAGAGACUCCCACGUCCCCGUUUUGGCGCCACUUCCGAUUGGGUUCGCGGUGUUCAUGGUUCAUUUGGCCACGAUUCCGAUCACCGGAACCGGCAUCAACCCAGCUCGAAGCUUUGGAGCUGCAGUUGUGUUCAACAAAUCCAAGCCGUGGGAUGAUCAGUGGAUAUUUUGGGUUGGACCUUUCAUUGGAGCUGCCAUAGCUGCAAUUUAUCAUCAAUUCAUCUUAAGAGCAGGAGCAGCCAAAGCUCUAGGAUCAUUCUCAAGUUCCUAAUUAAAUCCACUUUUAAUCAAAUGAUUAAGCCUAAUAAUUGUGUGCCAUGAGUAUUUGGCAAAAAUGCCAAUUUGGUUUGUGUUCUCUGUAAAAACAAGAAAAAAGGGCAUUGGCUUUUUAUUUUAUAUGCCCAUAUCUUUCGCUUUCGUGCUUUUUCACUCUUUUUAUGUAAUUACGAGAUCUUUCAUGAUGUUUAUAAAGUGUGAAUUUAUCUUCCUUAA